AUGAACGUUCCCAAAAUUAAAAUGAAUGAUGGUCACUACGUUCCAGCUUUCGGUCUCGGAACGUGGCAGGCCGAUCCCGGCGAAGUUGGAAAAGCGGUGAAAUCAGCAAUCGAUAUCGGUUACAGACAUUUUGAUUGUGCAAUGGUUUAUAGAAACGAAGCCGAAGUAGGAUCCGCAAUAUUGGAAAAAAUUAAUGAAGGCGUCGUCAAACGAGAAGAUCUUUUUAUAGUGAGCAAGCUGUGGAAUACGUUUCACGGAGAAAAUCAAGUGGUGGCAGGUUGCAAAAAAACACUGGAAAGCUUCGGAUUAGAUUAUCUCGAUUUAUACCUGAUUCAUUGGCCUUUUGCCUUUAAGGAACAUCCGGAAUUUUUUCCACGUGAUGAAAAUGGAAAACUUUUAAUGUCGGAUUACGAUUAUGUCGACACGUGGAAACAAAUGGAAAAAUGCGUAGAAAUGGGUUUGGUCAAAUCGAUCGGUUUGGCUAAUUUCAAUUCUCAACAAGUGAAUAGAAUAUUAAAAGAUUGUAAAAUAAAACCCGCCAUGAAUCAAAUCGAAUGUCAUCCUUAUUUGAAUCAAAAAAAACUCAGAGAAUUCUGCAAGAAUCACGACAUUUUAAUAACAUCAUACAGUCCUUUGGGUUCGGCUGGUAGACCCUGGGCAACACCCGAAGAACCAAAAUUAUUACAAGAUCCAAAAUUGAACGAAAUAGCUGCAAGAACGGGGAAAUCUGUCGCUCAGGUCAUUCUCAGAUAUUUGAUUCAACUGGACACGAUUCCGAUUCCGAAAUCAACAAAUCCAAACAGAUUGAAAGAAAAUAUAAAUAUUUUUGAUUUUAAACUUACCGAUAAAGAUAUGGAAGAAAUCGAUGGAUUAAAUAAAAAUUUUCGUUUCUGUCGGUUCAGAGACGCCAAGGAACACAAACAUCAUCCAUUUCAAAUCGAAUAUUGA